CUCGCUUCAAACAACCCAUCACUAUCUCUCACAUUUAAACUUAAAUAUCUAAAAAGAUUUUAAAACAUCUUUUUGUGUGGCCCCAGCUUUACUGGGCAACAUUCACCAUACAAUCAUAGCCUGCAGACUUACUGGUAAUGUGGUUUUCUACUGAAAUUCUGUAAAUAAGACGCUUUAGAGCUGUUACAACGAAAUCAGAGAAUUUUAAUAUUUUCAUCAUGUGGGGAUCAUGCCGAAGUUUUUUCAUCAUCGUCCUCUGUAUCGACUUUGCAUUCCUGCUCUCAUUGUUUUAUAUCGACAUUGAUGCUUGGAGAAAGACUUCAUCAAAGAUCAUGAGAUUCUCAGGCUUAAUAUUUGACAAUAACCCUCAGACCCCAGAUUUCCUCAGACCAAGUAUAGGACCGUUUUAUAACAGUCCUUCCUCAUGUUCCUGCCGAAACAACCAGUCGGCCGCCCAGUUUGUGUCCAAAGAUGAAUUAGAAGAUCUCCAGAGACGUCGAGCAGAAGAGUACAGACAACAUCAGAUCAGGACAGGUAGAGCGAAUGAUGUUCUUGUUCUUGCCCCUCCCAACACUCCGCUCCAGUAUCCCAUCAGAGGAUUCAGAGUUAAUCCCAUGAAUAAAACUUUCAUUCCUGGUCUAGCCGUACAAACACAAAACAGAAAACUUUACAAGGUGUCACUGAGGGUACAGAAGGGUCUGCUGUCAGUAAUGGAUGUUAAGGAGGAUGAGAAGAUUGUUUUUGGCCAGAAUGAGGGAAAUCUGACCAUCUCAUCCAGUAGCCUUGAUCAUCUCAAUGAACUGCUGAGCAGAGUGACCUACACCAGCACCAUCUUUCACAUCAAGACUGAAGAUCUCGCUUACUUCUCUUUUGAGAACCACGAGGUCAUAUUCCCCAUUGAGAUCAGACGUCAGUCAGUCCCUAAGCUUUAUGACCCGGGGAAAGAUAUCAACUCCCAGGUGACUGUACUUGUAAAGGCAUUUCUGAGAUAUAAAGGACUGAAUGCUCUUAUUCAGAGUAUUCGCGUGAACUACCCAAAGAUAAAGAUCAUUGUAGCAGAUGACAGUCUUAAACCAGAGAAGGUUCUUGGUGAUAAUAUCGAACACUAUAUAAUGCCCCCGGCACAGGGCUGGUUUGCCGGCAGAAAUCUGGCAGUGUCACAAGUCACGACUAAAUACUUCUUAUGGGUGGACGAUGACUUUGUGUUCCUGAAUGACACUCGUAUAGAGAGAUUUGUGGAGGUUAUGGAAGCCGUUCCUGAAUUAGAUGUGGUCGGUGGUCAGGUAGAAAGAAAUCCGUUUGCCUUUACAUUAAAUUAUGAAGAAGGGAACAGCGAAGAAGGCGGUUGCAUCUCACGUUUCAGAGGUUCUUACGCACCCCUGCCGGGAUUUAAAGGGUGCUUCUUCGUCGAUGGAGUUGUGAACUACUUUUUGGGUCGAACGGAUGCCGUGCGUAAGGUCGGUUUUGACCCGUUCCUCAAAAGGGUCGGACACAGUGAAUUCUUCAUUGAUGGACUUGGAGAAUUGUUAGUUGUCACCUGUCAAGGUCUCAGAAUUGGUCAUCAGAAAAAAACAAACGCACCCAAGUACGAAAAAUACAGAAAUCCUCCAAAAGCUGAUUCAGAAAAUAAACUGACUCACCUUUAUUUCAAGAAUCAUCUAAAAUGUCUCAACUAAUAAAGGAGAUUUACAG